GAGUUGAAGACUGGAUGACUGACAGCUGUCCUUCAUUACAACAGAAGACACAGAAAUCCUCCUCCUCCUCCUCCUGAUCAGAAACAUGACUGUGAUCUGCGUCCUCAUCUGGACUCUCCUCUGCUGCUGCUUCACAGGUAAAGUCCAGAGAAUCCAACUCCUCUCCUCUGUGAACAUCCGUCCCUCUGAAAUGAAGCCCACAAAACCAUGACGCUGCUUUCUGUGUUUGUCUCUGUAUCCUCAGAGUCCAGAGGACAGGUCACAGUGACUCAGCCUGCAGCUGUGAGCUCUGCUCCAGGAGAAGACGCAAGAAUCAGCUGUAGUGUCAGUCAGAAUGUGUGGAGCAAUAACCAUUUAGCCUGGUACCAACAGAAGGAUGGAGAAACUCCUAAACUGCUCAUUUAUUAUGCUAGCAGUCGAGUAUCAGGGAUAUCAAGUCGUUUUACAGGCAGUGGAUCUGGAUCUAGUUUCACUCUGACCAUCAGUGGAGUCCAGACUGAAGAUGCAGCAGUUUACUACUGUCAGAGUCAACACAGCAUCAACAGUCAGUGGGUGUUCACACAGUGAAAAAGCGUCAUACAAAAACCUCCCUCAGUCAGACUGAAAUGAAACUGAACUGAAGGCAGCAGCUGGUGAUUCCACACACACACACACAUGCACGUACACAAACACACACACACACACACACACACACACGCACGCACACAAAAACACACACACACACAUAAAAAGGAAAAAUAAUUUAACUUUAUCUUAAAUGUUAACAUAUUAAAUAUUUAGUUUAGUCUAGUCAACAUUGAACCAACAUCCCUCACAUUAAACUCAGUUCCCUCUCAUUAAAUCUGCUUUUUUACAGAUGACAGUGUUUUAUACACCUCAAUAUCCUGAUACCCUGAUCUAAUAACUGAUCAAAGCUCCACUUUUUGAGAGAAUAAGAAUUUGUUUUUUUCAGGCCUCAUGGGGACAUAAUAUUAAUAAACAACAUCAAGUUCUUCUCAAUUUGAACUUGGAGCAAAAAUCUACUCCAGAAUAUAUUAUUAUAUUAGUGUACUAUAUAUUUAAAAACUACCUAAAUUAUACAGACAAAAACACAACAAAUUAAAAAAUAAAGCCUUAAAAAACUGAGCAGUUUCUUAACAGGAUGAGUUUUCAUAUCUCAAAAAUGGAGUGAGAGCUCUUUACAUAACAUAACACACUUCUUUUUUUUAUUUUUUUAAUAUCCGCCUAUAUUGUGCACUUCUUUAUUAAGGGUGUACAGGUACCAAGUGUCUUGAUACUCUAUUUUACACAUUAUUUUGGAGGUUUAGUAAUCAGUGAACAAAUUAAAUCAGUUUCAGCCUCUUCAGUGGACAAAAAGAAGCAAUUUACCACCAAUGUUCUUCUUAUGACUCAAGAAUUUAUUUAUUUUUCAAUAGAAAAACAACUUUUGUGUUCUAUAUGGAUACUUCUGAUAUCUGUGUUGGGCUCCUAGGCGUAAAAGUUUUAGUAUGUCCUCAGGAAGCCUCAUACAAAAUUUGUCACUUUUAUCAGCAAGUUCACAAUCCACCUAAAAAGUGAGCUAAGCCUCUUGACUAAGAGUCAAAAGCUGAAAAUCCAGGCAUCCAAACUUUAACAACAGAGAGCUGUGAAAUGUUGAUCUGAAAAUAAGACAACCCUGAUUAUAAGACGACCCCUAUUUCAGGACUAGUUUCAAGAAAAAGACUUAUGAGGACAAAAUCUGGUUUAUAAAAAGAAAACAAUCCUGUUACGUGUGAGGCCGGCUCAGAAGAGCCUCCUGUCUGGUCUCUUUCUCUCUCUCUCUCUGCAUGUAGGGAAGUCUGGGAACAAGAUGGCUGCAUGCCCUUCCAUGUGACAUGUGGAGAGUAUGGCCCAAUCCCAAACCGACCCCUACACACUCCGCCUUCACUACCGAGUGUCACCCAUAAUGAAGUUACACUCACAGCUGUGGAGUGCGCCUCAAUUGAAAAUAAAGGACGGUAUAAACAAGAUGGGCGGGUAUGGGACGCCCUCCUCACUCCACUGGAAAACUAAAAGAUUCAUCGCCAUAGCAACAUAAAGCCGCGUCCUGUCAUAAAUCCAGUAACCAUUACAGUGACAGGAGCUAAAUUAUAAUUCUGAUUGUCAGUGAUUCCACACGUCUUUGAACCCCUUGACUAUUUGACAUGUGUCUGUGUGGCACAAUGUGUUUUCCAAGACAGCAAGACAUUGGGACAACUUAGCAUUUACCACUUACCCCCCAUUUUUCCAUCUUUCAAAGGUUAUUAUCAUUAUUAGUUUUAUACACAUAAUAUACUACAUCCACACACACACACACACACACACACACAAGAACAGGAUGAAACCAUUUUUUGUUACCUGUUGGUUAUGGUUUGCACUGUUGAAUUUCUGUGUACACGGUGGGGACAUCUCGUCAGCAGAGGGCGCUGUGUGCAAAGUUAUCGCAACUCUGGGGCCCAAUAGCGGGUCUAAACGUGUUUAAAUAUGGCGGCACUCUUGUUGUUCCAAGGAAGACAGCGGCGACAAUUGCGUCAAAACAGGAUUUUUCGUGACAGAAAACACCCCUUCGACACGUAUGACAACCACGAAGUGUUCCGUAAGAAUAAUAAUAAAAGUAGGCCUACAUUUACAUUUCCUGAAGGUGUAAUACUAAUGGCAUGCACAGAGCCAAUGACCAAAAUUAAAAAAAACUCACCUGCCACACCAGUAAACAAAUUCGAUUUUUCCCCGAUGAUACCCAGAAUAAUUUCCUCAUAGGGUACUGGCGCUGGUGGUGGCCCUCCUCCUGUCUUCUUUUUGUCCCGUCUUUUGUUGAGCACACCUCCUUUCAAGGCUCGAAACUUCUCCUUCACUUCAUGGACAGCCGCACUGCCACACCGCAAGAGUUAACCUUUUUGGCGAUUCUCGCCCAAGCUUCUUUUUGCACCUCCCUCGUGAUGGUCGCGUUGUGGCUGCUGAAUAACGUUACAUGCUCAAGUUGUUUUUCUUCAAGAAGUACUCGGACUUCUUCGUCGCUGAAAUUUGACUUCCGUACACGUUUAGCCGGCUUAUCCAUGGUUGAAAACGGCCGUUCUCAACCGAAAGUACACAACACUUAAAACAGACCGGUUGACCCAAUUCUAUAAAUAUCUUUACUGUUUAAGACACAGUAAACGCGGUUAGCUAUACGGUUCCGUUUACAGCAUUGUGCAUACCAAAAUCAUAUAGGAACUAAACGCAUUUAAGUCCCGUAUAACUAAAUGCGUUUAAGCCCUAAUCGCGUUUACGCUAAACGCACAGGUAAGAAAGAGACAUGAGACUGAUGUAGAAAGAAAAACACGAGUGACCGUGACAAAUGGUGCAAGUUAAGGAGUUCAGAGGAACUCGCGUACCGUGCGGCACCAGCUCUCGGGUUGUUGACUAGCGUGCCCAAAGCUAGCUAGUGGCUAGUUGUUUCGUUCGUGCGUUGUCAGUUAACCAGCGGUUCGGCUCGCGCGUUAUCGAGCACCCGUUCGCGGUCGGCUCGUGUGCAGGGGUGCCAUGUUUGCUUGUGUUUCUCACCUGUCGGCUCAUUAACGUGCAGAACCGGAGUGUGACGUUGGGCUUCCGGUUGACCCGCGACAGUUGAUGAUAACAAUGUAAACAUGAUUGAUUAGAAGAACAGUAAGAAAAACUAUUUGUGUUAAAAAUGGAGUUCAUGGAAUAUAAAUAAUUUGAUAAAAAGAAGAAAGAAAGGUGUUCAGUGCACAAUAUUUUAAGAUACUGUGAAUAUUUUUACUUGUACAAUCGAGUGAGAAGCCAGACGGAGAGAUUGUAAGCACGGACAUAAGAACUGAUUGUUAACUGAUGUUCCCACAGAAAUUUAAGAAAAACUAAUGUGCUGCACCAAGAGGAGCCUCCUUCUUCAUCC